UGGCUAGAGAGAGAGAGAGAGAGAAAUCACUGUUGGUUGGAGCUUGACUUAAGGGUCUCUCUGCCCGCUGAGGCAUUCACAUCCCGGAGCUCAUGUGGUAACAUCCAGCUGUGCUUGGCACCACCUACAAAGUGGCCUGAACGCAGGGUGUAGCAAAGACAGACAGGGUGCAUUUAUGCCUGAGACAAAAAAGGGUUUCUACUAGAAAGAGAGACUUAGUAGCAGGUGAGAAAUCCAGCAGCAGGGACCAAGAGACCAACAACCGAAGAAGUCUGAUCUAUUAACGUAACACUUCCAACUUCACUGACAUGGCAGCAAUGGAAGCGAUGGAGUGCUCCAGCGCUCAGCUGGAGCCACAGUCCCUCACGGAGAUCUCAGACGACGAGGUCAACAUUCCACACUCGGAAGAUGAAGACGAUGUCCUCGCUGCGGCAAAGAAAGAGCUGUCCGCCAUGGAAACAGAGGGGGAGGCCGCCGAAGACAAGGAUGAGUCUGGCAAGUCAGACCAGCAGGUGAACGGGGUGCUGGUGCUGUCUUUGCUUGACAAGAUCAUCGGUGCCGUGGACCAGAUCCAGCAGACCCAGAGCGGGCUGGAGGCCAGGCAGCAAGAGAUGGAGCGCUCGGUGACCGACAUCCAGGGCGAGCUCACUAAGCUGUCCAAGAACCACAGCACCACGUCCAACAGCGUCAACAAGAUGAUGGAGAAAGUGCGGAAGGUGAGCGUCAACGUCAAGACUGUGAGAGCCACCUUGGAGAAGCAAGGGGGACAAAUCAAGAAGCUGGAGACCAACGAGGCCGAGCUCCUGAAGAGACGCAACUUCAAAGUCAUGAUCUACCAGGACGAAGUCAAGGUUCCCUCAAAACUCAAUGUGUCCAAAUCCAUGCGGGUCUCUGAGUCCGUAUCGGGGAGCAGAGGAGGGAGCGUGCUCGAGCUCAAGGAAGCUGCGGAGGAGGAGGCGGAAGAAGGAGACAAGGAGAACAAGCCCACCGUAGACCUGUCCUCGGACGAGGAGGGAGUGACGAUCGAGGACGUCCUCGAAGAGACCCGUGCUGAGCGCAUCAAGCGUAGCAGUCUGCAGCGUGUACAGACCCUGAAGACAGUGUUCUCCAAGGAGAAGAUGGAUAAGACCAGGGCGAAAACCAAGGAAAACCUGGAGAGGACCAAGCAAAAAACCAAGGACAAUCUGGAGAGGACAAAGCAGAAGACGAAAGCCAAUCUGGAGAAGACCAAGCAGAAAACUAAGGAGAACAUCGAGAAUACUAAGCAAAAGGCUAAGGAGAACCUGGAGAAGACCCGGCACAACAUCGAGAAGAAGAUGGGAAAGCUAGGAACACGCAUGAGCGUCAAUCCCGAACGCAAGCAGAAACUCCAGACAUCCCGUGACAAGAUGCAGAAAGCCUUCACGCCGGACCACGUGGUUUACGCCCGGUCCAAGACCGCCGUGUACAAGGUGCCGCCUUUCACCUUCUGCGUCAAGAAAGUCCGCGACGGCGCCGUCGAGGUCGUCCAGGGCACCGAGAUGGUGGAGGUCUCCCAGAACGCCGAGCUCUUCGACCGAGCGGACGCGGAGCUCGAGGGAGGGGCGGCGGAGGUCGAGAUGGAGAUGAUGAACGGCGGAGGGGAGGAUGAAGACGAAGACGAGGACGAGGACGACGAGGAGGAGGAGGAGGAGGAGGACGAAAGCCACGAUGCCGGGGAGGAUAACGAGGAUAAAGACAGAGACAGCGACUAGAUAAAGAACGAGGAGUUUUAACUCCUGUAAAAAAAAAAAAAAAAAAAAAAAAAAAAUUUAAAUAAAAAUAAUAAAAAAUCCCCCCAAAAAGAAUCCAACGUAAGGAUUGAACAGAUCUGCUCUCUCCUCCUUCAAUUGUUACGUUGCGUCUCGUUCCUUCGGGACUCAAAGCGGUCGCGUGUUCAUUUCAACUAAUUUUCAACUAACCACUCUCACACUCUGACCCUCCUACGACGAAGGCCUCGUCGAGCUUCCCUUUUUUGAGCAGAACGCGCGUCAGGAGACAAGCUGCCUCCGGACGCCCCUACUGCACCUCGCGCUUUCGGACGUUCUGCCCUUAAAGCAGUGUUGUUUCCAGCGCCGCGUCCAAUAGACACAAACGAGGCAUCGCUCGAUGGCGGUCGAGCAUUUGCAUCGGCCUCGAGCAAAAAUAAUCAUCCUCAAAUGAAAAGGGACGACGCGUCGCGGCCCUGAUCUUUUUCAAAAUGAAGGCCUUAACGGCAUCGGUUGCCUCGCUUCACCUUCUCUAUUACAAACGGCGGGGAACAAUUUGCGAGCUUUAGCUUUUGAAAGCGUUCCGCUUCCGGAGCAAGGAAUUCAAUCGCAUCUGACGGGCGGCCCGCAAUCGAAUCGUUUCCAAAAUGGCUGACAGGAAGAGGACCGGCUUCCGCAGAACUUCACCGUCAAACGGGUAUUCCAACUGAAAACAUUGAAAUGAAAUCGGGCAUGCGCAUUCAUGUUCCGCUGCGCCCUCGCGCUAUGACGCGGAUCCUGAGAUCCAGAGAAUGACGAUCAGAUCAUCGUUUUAACUGUCGUCCACAUUUUCCGGUAUUUGUCGUCUCUUUCUUGCUUCGUAUCUUAAAGGUUGCGCGCGGAGUCACGUGAGUCCGUUGCAAACGCAGAUUGCGCCAUCCUGCAGCCUGCUGCUGCCCCCUGGCGCUCGACCAUCAAAUUGCCACAUCAAGUCCAACAAUUCCCACAUUUGUGUGACCAAUGCCUAUUCAACUGUAUGAUUGGUUCUCGUGGGGUCAAACUCCUAUUAACUAACUAGAUUAAUGUACGUUUUGCGAUGACUGCCUUCCUUUGGGCAAGAUCAAAUAUAAGUCGAUUUUCCAAAAUAACUCAAGCAUGGAGGAGGGAGGGAGGAAGUGGGAUGUGGCCAAUUAGGCUGGGGGAGGAACAGAACAUUCUGUAAACUGGAUGAAAUGUCAAGUUCUACAGUACUUUUCUCGUCGAAGCUUGUUUCUAGUCCAGGAGGAAGUGUGUUUCAGUUGUGUUUGAUUUUGUAAAUAAUCACAGUGCCGUUCAUAAGGCAUAAAGUACAUUUUUUUUUUGCAUACAGCUGCCGGCACAUACCUUGCCUUUAGAAGUUUCUUGACACGCUUAUGAGAGAAGAUCAAAUAUUUCAGCUUUUUUAAUGCACAAUUUAUCUUAGUGGUUUCGUGAUCGGCACUUCGAAGUGAAUUAACAUUGUUGUAACUGAUUAUUGUACAAUGUUUCUUUCCUUAACCACUAAUUAAUUAAUAAAAGCUAUUUAGUUCA